AAAAAUUCCUUGAAAAAUCCUACAAAUUCAUGGAAUACGGCUCUGCAAAGCUGAUAAAAUAUAAUGCAUAAAUACAAAUGAAAAGGAAUCCAGCCGAACCGCUACUCUAUUGUUAUUCAAUUGUGCAAUGUUUUUCAUUCAUAUUCCAUGGGUACUACUAUUAGGUCUUUCAGUGGUUCAGUGUCAAAAUAAUAAUCCAACAGUGACGCUAUCCAAUGGAAAAAUUAAGGGCCUAUCUCAGAAGACUGCCUAUAAGGGCAAUCCCUACUAUUCCUUUAGACGUAUUCCUUAUGCUGAGCCACCAGUAGGCAAUCGGCGGUUUGAGCCCCCCACGGCAAAAUCGAAAUGGAACGGAACAUUGGAUGCAACCAAGGAAGGUAGCCAAUGUGUUCAAAGUAUAAAUCCGGUUCUUGGUUCUGAAGACUGCCUCUUCAUCAAUGUUUAUACUCCUUCGUUGAAGCAAGAUAAUAUACCAGUAGUGGUUUUCAUACACGGAGGAGGAUUCAGCGGAGGAAAUUCUAGUUAUGCUGCUCAACCACCAGAUCUCUUCCUUGACGAAAAUGUAGUUUUCGUUAUGUUCAACUACCGACUAGGCAUAUUUGGAUUCCUAAGUACUGAGGAUCUCGUUGCACCAGGAAAUAAUGGGCUGAAGGAUCAGGUUCUUGCACUGAAGUGGGUGCAGAAUAACAUACAUAAUUUCGGAGGGAACCCCAACGCAGUGACGAUAUUUGGACAAAGUGCAGGGGCAGCAUCUGUUUCUUAUUUGAUGCAGUCUCCCUCAGCCAAAGGUUUGUUCAAAGCCGCAAUCAUGGACAGUGGGACAUCAUUGUGCUUAUGGGCACUGGAUAGAAGAGCAAGAAGAACGGCGGUCACAAUUGGAAGGAAUCUGUUUCUGAACCACUCCACUUCAGCUUCUUUGGUAAAUGCGUUAAAAAAAGUGAAAUAUACCAAACUACAGGAUAUUGCGACAGUCACCUCAAAUCUUAUCACAUUGGAGAACCCAUUAGCGGGCCUCACGUUUGGACCUGUCAUCGAACCAUAUCACGACGGAGCGUUCUUCUUCAAUAAAAGUGAAGAUUUAUUGAGAACCGGCGCUUUCCAUAGGGUACCAGUUCUCCUAGGUGUGAACUCGAAUGAAGCAGUAGCCGCUAGCGGUAUACCAUCUAUUCUCAAGCUAUUCUUUGUCAAAUAUGACUUAAACGUGGAGCUCAUUGCACCAGCGGAUUUGACCAACGACACAUCAAAACGGAAAGAGGCUGCCAAGGAAAUCCGAUAUCAUUUUUUGGGAAAUUCAACACUUGUAGCUGAUGACACUAUGGGUCUUAGUAAGUUUAUCAGUAGUGACCAGUUCAACAGACCUAUCAUAAGGACAGCUCUCGAUAUGAGAAAAUUUGUGAACGUCUAUUUUUAUGAGUUCUCGUAUGAAGGCUUUUUGGGAAGGAAAACCGAAGCUGUUGUGCCUGAGCCAGGAGCAGGUGUGGGACAUGCAGGGGAAUUGGGGUACCUGUUCACACAGCCGGCAAUAAAAGAUGUUCCUGAAAAUGACAGAUUGAUACAAAGAGAAAUGGUUAAAAUGUGGACAAACUUUGUCAAAUACAAUAAUCCAACUCCAAUAAAAACCAAUUUGUUCCAAAACGUAACCUGGUUUCCAGCAGUAGGCUUUUUUGACAAUAUGUUAUACCUGGACAUCAAUUUGAAUAUGACAAUGGCAUUAAAUCCAUUCGAUGAGGACAUGAAGUUCUAUCAUAGUAUUUAUCAAAAGUAUGGUACUGGGUCAUAUGAUACAUAUUGAUAGCACUAUAUAAUUUCCUAUGGGUGUUUUUAAAAUAAGAGUGUACAUAUUUAUAUAUAGAUAUAAAAUAAAAAUUCAAAUGACAGCA